CGGAUCAGUAAGCCACAGAAAGGUGUGCUUGAAGGAGACAGAGGGGUGCUUUGUGCCUCUCCACCAGGUCAGCUCCCUCAAUCUCUCUUUCCCUUUCCCCCUCCUCUCUCGGUCGCUAUCCCUCCUUCACACUCCUUCGUUCUCGAGCUCCCAGAGUUCACCCAAACCUGGGUACUUAAAAGAUGCUAUCUCUGCUCUACUCUUUGCUCCUGGUCAUUCUAGCUCAACAGCCUCUAUGCAGGGCUCAGAACCAUGGUGGGCAGCUGUCUGGUCCGCGAGGAGGCAAGGCCGUGUUGGAGAGGAAACAGUUGUGCCAGUGGCCGUGUAAGUGCAAGGCCAAGCCCCAGUGUGCCCCGGGGGUCAGCUCAGUGCUGGACGGCUGUGGCUGCUGUAAGAGCUGCGCCCGGCAGAUAGGAGAGGCCUGCAACGAGAGGGACAUCUGCGACCCCCACAAGGGCAUGUACUGCGACUUCUCUAAUGACCAGCCGCGAUAUGAGGUCGGAGUCUGCGCUUACUUGAUGGCAGUUGGUUGUGACCUGAAUGGGGCCCACUAUGAGAACGGCGAGGCCUUCCAGCCCAGCCCGCUGUAUAAAUGCACGUGCAUCGCGGGAGCCAUCGGCUGCACCCCGGCCUUCAUCCAGAAGCCCGCUGGUCUCCUGGGUCCUGCCCCUCUGAGGAGCAACGCACCCCUGCCAGCUGGCCUGCAGAGCGCCCCUGGUGCCUCCAGAAAACACCAGCAGGACACACCAAACAUGGCCGCAAUGCCAGCUUACAGGGAUCCUCCUUUAGCCUGGAAGAAGAAUUGCCUGAUCCAGACCACUCCGUGGAGCCCCUGCUCCAAGACCUGCGGCCUGGGUAUCUCAGUCCGGGUCAACAAUGACAACGGCAAGUGUGAGAUGAGGAAGGACCGCCGCCUCUGCCUGUUGCGGCCGUGUGAGAAGAGCAUCAUGAAGUCCGUCCAGAUGCUGAGAGGAAAGACGUGCAAGCCCAAGUUCCAGGCUAAGAAAGCAGAGAAGCUGACCCUGUCUGGGUGCACUAGCACCAAAAGUUUCAAACCCACUUACUGCGGCAUCUGCACUGACAAGCGCUGUUGCAUCCCCAACAAAUCCAAAAUGGUGACCGUCAACUUCAAGUGCAAGGGCGGUUCCAACGUGCACUGGAAGAUGCAGUGGAUAACUUCCUGCGUGUGCCAGAGGAAGUGUAAUGACCCUGGGGACAUGUUCGCAGAGCUACGCUUUCUCUAGCACCUUCUCCAGCAUCUAUAAAUCAACCUCAGAGCCA